AUGUCAGGAGUGGGUCAGUUAGAAACAUUUGACUUAAAUCACCCAAACAAAUGGACAACUUACAAGCAGCGUUUUGAACUGUAUCUUCUGGCCAAUGACGUUACGGAGGAAGCACGGAAGAAGGCUGCAUUGCUUACGCUGGCUGGCGCUCCACUGUUCGAGCUUCUAACGUCAUUGGCAUCCCCUACUCAUGUGAGUGAUUUGAGUUUAUCGGAAAUAUAUGAAAUACUCAACCAACAUUUGUCUCCAUGUCAAUCGGAAAUUGCGGCCUACUACCAAUUUCACAAGCGAGACCAACUAAUUGAUGAAUCGGUUGCGAACUACAUGGCUGCACUUAGGACUCUCGCUGUCGACUGCAAAUUCGGAGCUGCUUUGGAUCGCAUGUUGCGCGAUCGCUUCGUAUGUGGAAUGAAGGAUGAGGGUCUUCAGAAGAGUCUGUUAGCAGAGGCAGAUUUAACGAUUCAACGCGCGAUGGAACGCGCCACAUCUAGUGAGGCCGCUGCUCACAGCGCUUUGGCCAUGCGAAAUACAGCUGAGAGCACUGAGUCGAUACACGAAGUGCAGACCAACGCGAUCCGUCCAAGCCGACCCAAUCAGCACCACCAGCCAUGCGAUGGUUGCGGGGGUGCUCACUUGCGGAAACUGUGCCCACAUCGGAACACUGUGUGCCAUGCCUGUCACCGAGCAGGCCAUCUUCAACGAGUCUGCCGGGCUGUAAGAGACCCGGGUCGUAAAGCAUUCAACACAUCGAGUGGCCAUGCCUCCUACCGAGGACCACACAAGCAAAAGCCGAAUGAAGAAUACAUUAUUGGUAUCGUGGAUACAUCUGUCCAGUACGAUAAUAAAUACAUUCCGAAUCUUCCACUGGUUGUUACAUCAAGCGGUGGAUCGAAUUUACUUGGACGCAACUGGUUUAUGCCCUUAGGCAUCAGCAUAGAAGGAAUACAUGCCAUUAACGCUAAACUUAGCAUCGAGGCAACUCUGGUGAAGUAUAAGGAUCUGUUUUCGUCUGAAUUAGGCCGUUUUCGGGGGCCAUCUGUGUCAUUACAAAUCAAUACUGAUGCAAUACCAGUCAGACUGCCAGCAAGACGCAUUCCAUUUGCAAUUCAAGAAUUAUAUGCAGAAGAAUUAGACCGUCUGUGCUCCCAAGGUAUCCUAGUACCCAUUGAAUACUCCGAUUGGGCGACUCCUAUAGUGCCAGUAAUUAAAAAGGAUGGUACUAUUCGCAUAUGUGGCGACUACAAGUCUACAAUUAAUAAAGUGAUUAAGCAACACGGCCAUCAAAUUCCUCCAAUGAAUUCAUUAUUAGCAUCAGUUGAAGGAGGAUCCACAUUUGCGAAAAUCGACUUGGCUCAGGCGUACCAACAACUAGUGGUAGAUGAGCAGUCUGCAUUGAUGCAAACCAUAUCCCCGGGCAUUUUUCAGAGCUGCAUCGAACGUAUAUUGCAGAACGCUUCUGGUGUUUUACCCUACUUCGAUGACAUAAUUGUUAUGGGAAAAUCAGAGGAAGAGCUAGCGGUGCGUCUUAAUGAGGUGCUUUCAAGAUUUCAUAAGGCCGGACUACGCCUACGCAGAGACAAGUGUCAAUUUGGAGUUCCGUCAGUAGAAUUUUUAGAACUACUAUGUAAUCGAGAGCUUAAGUCAUAUUUCGACAAAAUUCAACUCAAGGAAAUAACAUACGGAAAGGUCUGCGACCUAACAAAUGAUAAGCAGUUUUCUAUUGGUGCUCCGGUUUGGGUCCGUAACUACGCCCCCGGUCCAAAGUGGAUAGAAGGCGAAAUUGUGGACCAGACAGGCCCCAUUUCAUACAACGUUCGUUUACAUGAUCGCCGCAUUAUUAAACGUCACUUCGACCAACUUCGCGAUCGGGUUCCGCCUGUCGAAAGUACUCAAGACACGGAAUCAAUCGAACUACCUGCUGAGGAUGCAGUCUCGAUAUCUGAUGAUAUACCCGACUGUCCUGAAUUGUCUGAACCGGCACCAUUGUCCCCAGCUCCAGUGACUCCUCGCAGAUCGAGUCGGAAAAGACAACCCCCGGAAUUCUUUAACCCAUCUGGGUGUUAA